GGUGGUUAUGGAGAUGGAAUGGGACUACAAGCUGUCAACGGUACGGUGAUGUUCGCGUGUCCAUCAGAGGGAUGCCCAGGAAGAUAGGAUUCAUCGUGGUCAACUCUUCAAGUCAUGAGGACAACUUCACUGCCAAGGAGCUCAUGGUCCAUGCGCCCACAGUCAAUGGUUGGAGAUCCGGCAGGCUGUGCUCUUACCCUCAACACGUCACCCUCCAGCUGGUGGAGAGAAGUAGGGUGAGGAAGCUGCAGCUGCUGGCCCACCAGUACCUGAUCCCAGCUAAGGUGGAGUUCCACAUUGGAGACACUCUCCCUGAAACCAGCACUCCAGGGUUCCCAGGGCAGCUUCGCAGGCUCGGGUAUGUGUCUUUGUCAGACAACGAGAAAACGGGCUUCAAAGCUCGGGAGCUGAAGUCGGUCCAUGUCGACGCCAUCGGAACAUACCUGAGAAUAACCUUUCAUAAGAAUCAUGUCAACGGUUACAAUCAAUACAAUCAGGUUGCUUUGGUUGCCAUUAAUGUUCUGGGAGACUCUCUGGAUGGAAAUGCUUUUAACACAAUUCCAAGCAGAGAGCAGCUGAUCGAACACUACCUCAAUAGCACUCAGCUGGAGGCCGCCUUGGACAUGACCUUCAUGGGAAAAUGUGAGUUGUUUUCCCCCUUGGAUGACCUGGCCUUCGACAUGUACCAGGACCCGGAAGUUGCUCACAUCAUCCGUCUCCUGGACCAGAAGAAGCAGGACAUGGUCAGGCUGGAGAAAUACGAGCAGGCCAAGAAUCUGAAGCAGGCCAUCGCCGACCUGCAGAAGGUCGGGGAGCGUUUGGCCCGAUAUGAUGUGGAGAAGCGAUGUGCCAUAGAAAAGGAGGACUAUGACCUGGCCAAGAAGAAGAAGGAGCUGAUGGAGGAGUACAGGAGGAGCGUCUACCAGCAGCUGGAGGUCCACAACCUGUUGGACACGACGAUGAUCACGAGGGCGACAGAUUCCUCCCCGCUCCAGGACCCUCCCUCCCUUCUGCCCUCUCCGGGUCACCGUUCAGUCCCUGCCAAGUCCCUGGUGUCCACAGACACAUUCGGGAAGGGGAGAAAAACGAACGCUCCUCAGAAUCAACAGUUGGCCACAGAAACUGUGGCGCCCAAACUGAGCAGCCAACCUGACACACCCUGCACCCCCGCUGCCGCUAUACCCAAGAUAGAUGUUAUCGGUGUGCCUUAUGAUGAGAGGCCGCUGCCAACGCUCCAGAGGAAAGACCGGCCAGUGGAGGCCGUCCAGAGCCAUGCAGAGCAGCGCCCCCCCCGACCUGACAUCCACAGGACUCCGCCCGGCCCUGAGCUGAGCGGAGAGCCAGAGCCCCUCACAGAGAAAGCCCAGAGAGAGGCUGGACUACCAAUAGAGGUUUACGGAGAAAGCCUGGUGGCGGGGGCUUAUUCCAAAACCUGGUCCAACAGAGAGGAGGCUCUGCUGGCUGUGUACAAGAGGCUUUUGGAGGUAUCACCCACCACCCCCAAGGAGGAGCUGAGAAACAUGAUAAGAGCUGCAGUCUUCCUGGUUAAGAGAGCCCUCCUGGAUAAAGUGUCAUCGGUUUUCCAGGCCUCCUUGAAGCUGCUGCGCCUAAUGCUGAGUCAGCUGAUCCCAGGUCUGGGGUUGGGCCGGACUGAGGUGACCUACUGCUUGGAUCAGACCUGGCCCAACCUGCUGGCCAGGACCGCAGACUCAGCCAGCCGCCUCCGGGCCACAGUCACUGCCUUCAUACAGGAAAUUGCUGUUUUGAAGGAUGUACGGGUCCUGCAGCUGAUCCCCGGGGAGCUGGUGAAGCCCUUCAAAUCCAACUUCCCCUCUCGUCUGGCCCAGAGUCGGGCCGAGCUGCUCGAGAAGCUACUCGCUGAACUGGGCACAGAGAACUCCGGCUUCACCCUGAACAAUGUCAUGAUGUUCUGCGCAGCGGCGUUGGAGCACAGUGCAUCAGCAGUUCGAGAGCUGGCAGCACGCAUCAUCUUAUCCAUGUACCAGCAGCACAGAAGUGCUGUUCUCAGCUACCUGCCACCCAACGACGCUGCUGCACGGAAGAACUUCCUCUACAAAACCCUCUUUGAUGGCUUCGCCAAGAUUGACGGAAAGCUGGUGGAGACUCAGGCGACGAAGAAGGGAGGCGGUCAGCAGGAGGGGCAAAAGGAGAAGGAAGAGAUCCACUCUCUUCAGGAGCAGCUGGCUGCCUUGAAAGAGAUCACAGAGAGAGGCAGUGAGAGCAGCGGGGGACAAAUGGCCAAGAAGGAAACUCCUAAAGUCGAGAAAGAGUCUCAAAGAGCUGGAAAAGCAAGUGUCUCUAAAGUACAGAACAAGAUAACAGACAGAGCGGACGUCCAACAAUCGGUCGACUAUCUGGACAACUUGUGUAUAUUCUGUGGUAAAAAGGACGAGUCGUUCACAGAAGACGGGCUGGACCUUCACUACUGGAAACAUUGUCCUAUGCUGCGACGCUGCGAUGAAUGUAGACAGGUCGUGGAGAUAGCCAGCCUCACAGAGCACCUCCUGGGUGAAUGUGAAAGCAGGUCCAGGUUCAGCCAGUGUCCGCGCUGCUCAGAGGCCGUGGCUGCUGAAGACCUGACCCGUCAUGUCCAGGGUCCCGCCUGCAACCGCCCCAUCUCCGGUAAAGGCUCCAACCACUGUCCUUUGUGUCACAACAACUUCAUGCCUGGAGAGGAGGCCUGGAAGGCUCACCUCAUGGGCAGGGAGGGCUGUAAACAAAACUCACGCAGGACUGCGGUGUCCCAGAGAACCCAGCCAGCACAAGGCAGGGCUGUCGGUGGAUCUAAGCUGAAGCAGGCCUGGUCGGUGGGGGCCAGGAGCAGACCUCUUGGCAGAGGCAGCCGGAUCCCAGCCCUGGCCCCCCUGGCCAGAGGACAUACACCAGGGAAGCGCUGAACCAGGUUCACAGCACUUCGGGAGGGGGGCGGGGACAUCCCUGCAGUAACCCCACCACCACACUUCCACAUGUUCCUGCUCCCAUGUUCCCGCAUACAGACACUGGUAGAGAACAAACAUGAUCGGUUUCACGUGUUUUCACUGACAUAUGCAACAGGAUUUUAAAGGUCAGCACAGAUUUGUGUUUGAAACCUUUUUUUUUUUUUUUUUAAAAACAUUAACCAAAAAGGGAAAACACCUGUCUCAUUAGCUCACGUACAAACUGACCACAUGGUUUUAUAUUCACUUAUUCACACACUGUAGAUUUACUAUAUUUACACAGUCAGAGACGGAGACACACACACCUGCUGGGCUUGUGAACGUGAUCGUACUGUGUGCUGUUCACUGACAUCUCCUCACAGAAUAUCUGGUCACUCUCUGCCGUGUGGAGAGGGGGAACUGUGCAGCUUAAAGGGGUCGUCCAUUGAUUUAGUUUGGUGGGGGACUCAAAAGAGACAAAAGGUCAAAUUAAAGCUGCAGCUUUUAAAUGGGUCAACUAAACACUGGAUCCUACAUUUCCCAUGAUGCAACAUCUUCUUGUCUGGGAAAUACAAACUCCACGCCCUCAGUUUGCAAAGUGGGCUUUAAAUGUGUCGUCCAUACGAGCCCAAGCUGAGAUAACCUCGAUGACAUCAUCAUGACAUCAUCAGGGUUAUUUUCUCAGGCUCCUCCAGAGUCACAGGAGACAUGAUGAAACUGUUUUCACUCGCUAGUAAACUAAACCUUCGUGUGUAAAAUGUUAUGGUCAAUUUGCUCGAUGAAAAGAAGAACGUCUGUCACGCUGCUCUUCUGCUCAGCAUCACAAUUUAUUGAUCAUACGAACCUUUCGGUCUCUCUCGACCUUCGUAAAUCAAUAAAUUGUGAUGCUGAGAAAGAGCGGUGUGCCCGAUAAAUUUCUUUACAAGAGUAAAAUUUUAAGCAUGUCAGCGUGUUGGUCAAAACAUGUACACCACAAAUUCUCCAGAAAUAUCGAGGAUGUAAAUAAAACUAAAACAUACUCAUGA